UGACAGCAGCAUCAGCUGUUAGCUGCGCUUUAAGCCUUUUCGCUGCCGAUCGCUGUCUGCACAAAGGAAAUAUAUGAGAUCCCCUCUAAUCCCUGAAAUGGCGACACAGGAGGUACAGCUGAAUGAGACCCUGGCCCACCUCAAAAGCGAGUCGGAGACGCUCAAGUCGAAGCUGGAGGAGGAAAGAGCCAAGCUGCACGAUGUCGAGUUACAUCAGGUGGCGGAGAAAGUGGAAGGCCUGGGUCAGUUUGUUAUGAAGACCAGGAGGACUCUAAAGGGACAUGGAAACAAAGUGCUGUGUAUGGACUGGUGUAAGGACAAGAGGAGGAUUGUCAGCUCUUCUCAGGAUGGUAAAGUCAUUGUGUGGGAUGCUUUUACCACAAACAAGGAGCAUGCUGUGACAAUGCCCUGCACAUGGGUGAUGGCCUGUGCCUACGCCCCAUCUGGCUGUGCUGUAGCUUGUGGUGGUCUGGAUAACAAAUGCUCAGUGUAUCCACUGUCUCUGGAUAAAAAUGAAAACUUGGCUGCAAAGAAGAAAUCAGUGGCAAUGCACACAAACUAUUUGUCAGCCUGUAGCUUUACCAACUCGGACAUGCAGAUCUUGACGUCCAGCGGGGAUGGGACCUGUGCAUUGUGGGACGUGGAGAGUGGACAGCUGCUGCAGAGUUUCCAUGGACACGCGGCUGAUGUUCUCUGCCUGGACCUGGCUCCCUCUGAAACUGGCAACACUUUUGUCUCAGGGGGCUGUGAUAAAAAGGCAAAUGUGUGGGACAUGCGCUCAGGACAGUGUAUCCAGUCUUUUGAGACCCACGAGUCAGACAUCAACAGUGUGCGAUACUAUCCCAGUGGAGAUGCAUUUGCUUCUGGAUCAGAUGAUGCAACAUGCCGGCUCUAUGAUCUAAGAGCAGACAGAGAAGUGGCCAUUUAUUCCAAAGAAAGCAUCAUAUUUGGAGUUUCCAGUGUUGACUUUUCUCUCAGUGGAAGGCUACUGUUUGGUGGUUAUAAUGACUAUACCAUAAAUGUUUGGGACGUCCUGAAAGGAACAAGAGUUUCCAUCUUGUUUGGACAUGAGAACCGUGUGAGCACACUUCGAGUUUCCCCUGAUGGGACAGCCUUCUGCACAGGCUCCUGGGACCACACUCUGAGGAUUUGGGCCUAAAGAACCAAGACUCUUGGCUGUUCAGAUCUAGUAACAUGUCAGCAUUUGAGUUUGCUAGAGUACAAUCACAGACAUAGAGACUUUCUGGUUGUACAUAGAGCAUAUCAAUAUCCUAGUGUAUAUACUGCAACUCAAUGGCCAGGGUAGACCAUAGA